AUAUAAGGAUCAUAAGAACAUAUAUACUUGAAUAUAGUACAAGAUAUUAAAACAUACUUUAGAGAAGAGAGUUAAUUCUAAGAGAACAAACAAACCUUAGAAUGUCUUGGUUCCUUGUAAUUCUGUUUCUGAUUGUAACAUUUGGUACUUUUUCUGAGUCUAAUAGUCAUCAUCAUCACAAGAAGCCUACUUCUGCUGUUGUGGUUGGCACUGUUUAUUGUGACACAUGUUUUCAACAAGAUUUCUCCAUGGGAAACCAUAUCAUUUCAGGUGCAUCAGUUGAAGUAGAAUGCAAAGAUGAACAUGAAAUUUCAAAACCAAGAUUCAAGAAACAAGUCAAAACAAAUGAACAUGGUGAAUUCAGAAUCCAACUUCCAUUCUCAAUAAGCAAACAUGUAAAGAGAAUCAAAGGAUGUGUUGUGAAAUUAGUAAGCAGCAAUGAACCAUAUUGUUCUAUAGCAUCAACAGCCACAUCUUCAUCAAUACACCUAAAAUCAAGAAAACAAGGAUUACACAUAUUCUCAGCAGGUUUUUUCUCAUUCAAACCACUUAAACAACCAAAUCUAUGUAACCAAAAACCAAGUAUUCAAAACACAAAGAAACUUGUUGAUUCAUUGAAAAAAAAUUCAUUGCCUCCAAAAAUUGAUCCAUCAUUUCCACCACCACUUCAAGAUCCAAACACACAUAAUGGUGGUAUUCUUCCUCCUAUACUUCCACCAAUUCCUUUAUUACCUGAAAUUGUUACACCAAUAUUGCCACCAAUUUUGUCACCACUAGUCCCUAGUGGAACCACUAAUGAUGAAUCCAAAUCUAAAUCAACUAAAACUUCAAAAAAUGCUGUUGAAUCUUUAGAUGAAAAAGUAACUAAUGUUGAUUCCUUUAACAUUCCUCCUAAUCCAUUUUUUCCACCACCAUUAGUCCCUAAUAAUCCAUUACAACCAUCACCAUUAGUCCCUAAUCCAUUACAACCACCAAGUACACCACUUGUUCCUCCUAAUCCAUUUCAACCACCAACAACACCAACAAUACCUAAUCCAUUUCAACCUCCUCCAUCAAGAUCAUCACCACCAUUGUUUCCUUUUCCAUCAGUACCUGGCUUAAGUCCUUCUACACCACCAAGUUUGGGCUUUCCUUUUCCUCCAUUGUUCCCUUCACCAGGGACACCUCCUGCUUCUUCAAAGAAUGGUUCUCCUUAACUAAAUAAGUUAUCGGUCUAUAAAGUGUGUUUGACUUUGUAACAUCUUAUGAUCGGGUUAAAUCUUAUAUAGAAACUUUGUAAAAUGGACAUCAGUUCCAUCGUUAUUAAUAAUAAUUUCUCAUUAUCUUAGAACCAUAAAA